AUGGAAUUUGCUCAGAAAAUCCGGAAAAAUUCGCUGAAAAUGCUCGGAGUCGUCGGAUUUUUCAUUUAUGCGAAGGAGAACGCCCGCCUAUUCGAUUCGGUGAAUCCACGAUACGCCCAACAACUGCUCGAAAUCGAAAUGUUCACAUUCUGUUCGUUGGAUAUUGUUGAUGAGAAGGCGGCGAAAGCGACGGAAAUGUUUCUCGGACAGUUGUAUAAUGAUCAGAAGUGGAGGUGGAGCGUCUGCAGAUGCCGCAUGAGGUGGCUCGGAUCUUUGUGGAAGGAUCCGGGCGGGAUCUUGCAGAAAAGAUUGGACCACAACUUCGAUCGUCCGGCGGCGGCGACAUCGACCAACACGAGGCAUAGCGAUUUGGUGCGGGUCAUGGCGACGUUGAGUCUUUCCGGGCUCUCGAUGAAGUCAGGAUCUGCGGUGGCUGCCCCAUCUGGAGCCUUGUUUCUCUCCCCGGCUCUGUCGGACGAGUGGAAGGACUUGGAGCGUGAGAAUCUCGAAGAUGGUGCGGAUUGGUUUCUGGACGGCUUUGAGGGCCUUUUGGAGAUCCUUUCGACGAACGAGCUUGAGGCUGAUGGUCUGCACUCUGCGAAGGUGGGCGUAUGCGUCGAGGACUAUCUCGGUGAUGGGUGCCUGGUCAUCGCUGUCCGUGCGCUGAAGAAGUUUGUCAAACUCACGCGGCCAAACGACUGGGAAGUCAAAGGACGUUCUGUGUUGCGGAUCGAUGUGGUCGUAGUUUGCGGCGGAGAUCAUGCGGAUGAUGGUGGCGGCAUUGGAGAUCUUUGA